AUGACAAAGCUAGAUAAAAGGCCAGUCUACAAAAAUAAAAAAAUUGAGAAGGCAUUCAAAAAUGCAGAGUACUAUUUUGUGAGGUACGUAACAGACUGUCCUAUUUGUUUGAAUUACUUUGAAAAUCCACAGGUAUUGCCAUGUGGACAUUGCUAUUGCCAUUUGUGUAUUUCAGUAUGUACCGAGUAUACCAACAAUUGUCCGAUGUGUGCAGAAUUUUUCUGGAUCUACAAACCAGCACAGUUUUUCUUUACACAGGAGAUUGAGGACUACAUACUUCUUAGGAAAUGCUGUACUGCUGAAGUAUCCAACUCUGAAUCCAUCAACUUCUACGAACAUCCGUUUUCGUUAGAAUAUUUUGAAGAGUCACUGUUAGGUGAAGUAGAGCUUAUUUCAAUAAGUAAAAAAGUGGAGAAUUCAAUAUUUUAUCAGAGCAACGACGGUCAGUUAUACUUUCUAGAUCCAAAAAUAACAAGCAAAAUGAAAACAAAACCCCACUACCUUUACUGUAGAAUAAGGGAGAAGCAUGAAUGCCAUGCUAAUUAUGAAAAACACCCCGAACUCGCUCACAUACCAGCUGGCACAAAAAUCAUUAUAGUUAAAAUAUAA